UAAAGAAACAUCCAUCCCCCAACCCCGACGAGCUCCUCCUCGGGACGCGCCGCCUCUGUCGGCUGCGCGCACCACGGCGUUCAUUCUGCAUCCAUGCCCGACGCCGGCACCAACCUCGCCGGAGAACCACGGCCCCACCUCGCGCGCUCUUUCAUUUCGCUUUUAUUCUUUCCGUUUCCCCCCCCCCCCCCCCUCUCUCUGUACUCCCCCCACAGGAACGGGCCAUGGCCGCCUCAAGUAGGCCCCAACCGCCGCGUCAGUCUCUACGAAGAGCUCACGCCACCAGAUCUGCGGCCUGCGCUGUCCCCAUUCAUAGAUUCGGUGGAGUUCGCCCGCCAUCCCGUGCCUGCACGCCCAAGCCGCUGCACACCCCUCCCGCGAGCCACCGCUUUGCCCCGCCGUGCAUCCUGGGUUGGGUAACAUGGUCCUAUAUUGCUCACCAGUGGCAUCCGGGGCUCGGAGUUGGAUGGUCAAGAAAGGAGGACAUGGAGCGAGGCGUUCUUGGUGGCCGCGCACACGGGGCAGGUGUUCACGGCGGGUUCGCACGCGCCGCACAGGGACAGGUGCCGGCAAUGGAGCAGCAUAACGCAGGCGUCCCACGGCGGCCGGCAGCGAUGACCUCGUGGCUCUUAGCGACGCCAAGCCACGCCUGGCCCUCUACCGUCAUCUGGACACAUGCCAUGGCGGCCGCGCCAUCAAGCUCCAGCACCAAGCCAAGCCACGCCUAGCCCUCUGCCGUCAUCUGGACACAUGCCAUGGCGGCCGCGCCAUCAAGCUCCAGCACCAAGCCAAGCCACGCCUGGCCCUCUGCUGUCAUCUAGACGCAUGCCAUGGCGUCCGCGCCCUCAAGCUCCAGCACCAGCCCCUCCUUCCUACGUUGUGCCGCCGCCCGCGUUCCUCUGAUCCGACCGCGCCCGACGCCCGUGCCAGCGACCCCUUCAGCCCUCGCCACGCCGGCGACCACCAAGAACCCCGCCACCUCCUCGCUUCCGCUUGCAACGGAGGCCCGCGGGUGUGGGAGCCGGCAACGGCCGCGGCCUCGAGUGUCUCCAGCGGGGUAGGCGGUGGCACAGGGGCUGGGGCCGGCGGCUCGCGGCAGGGGGUGGCAGCGCGCUGGUGGAGAUGCGUUUGGGAGUGUUUUUUUCUCGCUCGUAACUGUUCGGGUUGACCUUGGACUGCGGGUUGAUUCGUAUAAACUUUAAGAGCUUUUAUGCAAAAGUACUAAUGACGGACGACUAGAAAUCUAAUUUUCUUUAUUAUUAGGUACUAGUAAGUAUGCACGUGCAAUGUACGUCUUGAGUAAAAUAUGUUCUAUUAUAAAAAUAAUAAUUUUAUCAUAAUGCAAAUCUACUUUCU